AUGAAGAGAUUUGAUUUAUUUUAUGAGUUUUCUAAUUAAUAAUUAGGAUAAGGAGUAUUUGGUUAGGUUUAUUUGGCCAAAAAGAAAACCACUUAAGAGUAAGUGGCUGUCAAAGUACAAAAAUUAAGCUAUUGUAGAUUUUACCUAAAAACAAUUAAUUAACUAUUAGUGAAAUUGAAAUACUUAAUGAAUUAGUUAAACAUUCGCAUCCUGCCAUUGUGAGAAUAAUUGAUGUCUAUGAUUAAGGCACUCAAGUAUAUGUAGUUUAAGAAUUCUGUAAUAAUGGCACUUUAUAUGAUUUUAUGAAAAAGAAACCUUAAUUUAUGGGUGAGGAACAUUGCAUUGAAAUUUUAGAAUAAGUUGCCCAAGGCCUAGAUUAUUUACAUAAAAUCAAUAUUGUACAUAGAGAUAUUAAACCAGAAAAUAUUUUAAGAACUACAUUUAAUGGUUAGAUCUAUUAUAAGAUCUCUGAUUUUGGAUUAAGCAGUAUAGGGGAUAUGAAAUUAACUUCAAAAUUUGGAACUGCUUAUUAUGUUGCUCCUGAAAUUAUUGAUGGAAGAGUAGAAUUAUAUGGAUAUGAUAAAUCUGUAGAUAUAUGGGCUUUGGGAUUAAUGUUUGAUGAAUUAAUACAUGGUACUCCUUUCUAUGAUGGACUCACAGAAGAUGAAGUCUUUAUUAAAAUUAGAAACGAACCCUAUUAUCCAAGAAAACAUGAAUAUUCAGGUAGUCGUUUGCCACCAAGAAAGUAAAUUGUUGUUAAUAUUCUUAUGGGAAUGAUUAAUAAAGAACCAAAUCAAAGGAAAUCUCUUACUUGGAUACUUGAUUAAAUAAGACAAUACAAAUAAAGUGUUAUCAAUAGUUCACUUUCUCUUUUAAAUUAAGCUACAUUCUCUCAACCUAUCUCACCACUUUUGGUUAAUGAUUUAGAUGUUAUUUAAGACAGAAAAUCCAUUUAUUAACAAAAAUGUCCUUUACACAAUUAACCAGCUAUUUAUAGGAUGCCACUUAAGUAGGAAGAUAAAGAUAUUUCAAGGAUUGUUUCAGCUUGUUCUAAAUGUUUAAGAAGUAUAGGGGUUUAUGAAUUAGAUUCCUUAUAAAAGAAAGUUGAUGAAGCAUUGCGUAUACUAACUAUGGAGAAUUUUGAUCAAUUCUUUACUUAAAACUAUAUUAAAUAGGAAUUAUAAGAAAUGAGAGCUGAGUAUUUCUUAAAUUAUUCCUAUUUUACAAUAAGGGAUGAUUAAUUGUAAUCUAAAUUCGAUGUCAUCAUGAUGGAAUAAUAGAAAAAGGCAAAAAUUGAAUACAAUACUAAGAUUAAAUAAUUAAUAAAUUUUAGAGAUAAAAAUUAUACAUCUGAUGAAUAAUGGUUAAUAUAUGUUGCAGAAAAGUUGACAGAUUCAACUGAAAAUGAGUUUGUAUUAUACAUAAAGGAAGAUAUGGCUUAAUUUAGUGAACAUGGAAUUGAAGAUUGUAGAUAAUUAAUUUUCAAUCAUUUAAAAGAGGCAUCAGAUUAAUUAAGUUCUUUGAUUUGA